AUUUCCAGAUUUACAGAAUGACUACACAUUGAUGGAAAGAAAAGCAUAAACCUUUAUCUUCUUUCACUAUGGAGGCAGGUUUGGCAGAUGGUGGAGAACCUGACCGAACUUUGCUUCUGGGUGAUAGCAAAGAUGUCCUUGGGCCAUCAACUGUGGUAGCAAACAGUGACGAAUCUCAACUUCUAACGCCGGGUAAGAUGAAUCAGCGCCAAGGAAAAGAAGCCUAUCCAUUGCCAACCAAAGAUUUGCAUCAGCCAUCUCUUAGUCCAGCAAGUCCUCAUAGCCAUGGUUUUGAAAGAGGUAAAGAAGAUGUUUCUCAAAAUAAAGAUGAGUCUUCACUCUCCAUGUCAAAGAGCAAGUCUGAAUCUAAACUUUAUAAUGGCUCGGAAAAGGACAGUUCAGCUUCAAGCAAGCUCACAAAAAAAGAAUCUCUUAAGGUACAAAAGAAAAACUACCGAGAAGAAAAGAAAAGAGCCACAAAGGAGUUACUCAGCACAAUCACAGACCCUUCUGUUAUUGUGAUGGCUGAUUGGUUGAAGAUUCGUGGUACUCUUAAGAGCUGGACCAAGUUGUGGUGUGUGUUGAAACCUGGAGUGCUACUGAUCUAUAAAACCCAAAAAAAUGGUCAGUGGGUAGGAACAGUCCUCCUAAAUGCCUGUGAAAUCAUUGAGCGUCCAUCAAAAAAGGAUGGCUUUUGUUUCAAACUUUUUCAUCCUCUGGAGCAGUCUAUUUGGGCAGUGAAGGGUCCGAAAGGUGAAGCAGUUGGAUCCAUAACUCAGCCCUUACCUAGCAGUUACUUGAUCAUCCGAGCUACUUCAGAGUCAGAUGGCAGGUGCUGGAUGGAUGCUUUGGAGUUGGCUUUGAAAUGUUCUAGUCUUCUUAAGCGUACAAUGAUCAGAGAAGGAAAAGAACAUGACCUAAGCAUUUCAUCAGAGAGCACACAUGUGACUUUGUAUGGCUUAUUACGUGCUAACAAUCUCCACAGUGGUGACAACUUCCAAUUAAAUGAUAGUGAAAUUGAACGACAGCAUUUUAAGGACCAGGAUAUGUAUUCUGAUAAAUCUGAUAAAGAAAAUGACCAGGAGCAUGAUGAAUCUGACAAUGAGGUGAUGGGGAAAAGUGAAGAAAGUGAUUCAGAUACAUCAGAAAGGCAAGAUGACUCAUACAUUGAAGCUGAGCCUGUUGAGCCUUUAAAAGAGACUACCUACUCUGAACAGAGCCAUGAAGAACUUGGAGAGGCAGGCGAGGCUUGUCAAACAGAAACUGUGUCUGAAGAAAACAAAAGUCUUAUCUGGACCUUGUUGAAGCAAGUCCGUCCUGGCAUGGACCUGUCCAGGGUGGUUCUGCCUACAUUUAUUUUGGAGCCUCGUUCUUUCCUGGAUAAACUUUCAGAUUACUACUAUCAUGCAGAUUUCCUAUCGGAGGCUGCUCUUGAAGAAAAUCCUUAUUUCCGUUUGAAGAAAGUAGUGAAAUGGUAUUUGUCAGGAUUUUAUAAAAAGCCAAAGGGACUGAAGAAACCAUAUAAUCCUAUACUUGGUGAGACCUUUCGUUGUUUAUGGAUUCAUCCCAGAACAAACAGCAAAACUUUUUAUAUUGCUGAACAGGUGUCCCAUCAUCCACCAAUCUCCGCCUUUUAUGUUAGUAACCGGAAGGAUGGGUUUUGCCUUAGUGGUAGUAUUCUGGCUAAGUCCAAGUUCUAUGGAAACUCAUUAUCUGCAAUAUUAGAGGGAGAAGCACGCUUGACUUUCUUGAAUAGAGGUGAAGAUUAUGUAAUGACAAUGCCUUAUGCUCACUGUAAAGGAAUUUUGUAUGGUACAAUGACACUGGAGCUCGGAGGAACAGUCAAUAUUACAUGUCAAAAAACUGGAUACAGUGCAAUACUUGAAUUUAAACUAAAGCCAUUUCUAGGUAGCAGUGAUUGCGUUAAUCAAAUAUUAGGGAAACUUAAAUUGGGAAAAGAAGUCCUAGCUACUUUGGAUGGUCAUUGGGAUAGUGAAGUUUUUAUUAAUGACAAAAAGACUGAUAAUUCAGAGGUUUUCUGGAAUCCAACACCUGACAUUAAACAAUGGAGAUUAGUGAGACACACUGUAAAAUUUGAAGAGCAGGGAGAUUUUGAAUCAGAGAAACUCUGGCAGCGAGUAACUAGAGCCAUAAAUGCUAAAGACCAAACUGAAGCUACUCAAGAGAAGUAUGUUUUAGAAGAAGCUCAAAGACAAGCAGUCAGAGAUCGGAAAACAAAAAAUGAAGAUUGGGCCUGUAAGUUAUUUGAACUCGAUCCACUCACAGGAGAAUGGCAUUACAAGUUUGCCGAUACCCGGCCAUGGGACCCACUUAAUGAUAUGAUACAGUUUGAAAAAGAUGGUGUUGUCCAGACCAAAGUGAAACAUCGCACUCCCAUGGUUAGUGUCCCAAAACUGAAGCAUAAGCCAACCAGGCAACAAAAGAAAGUGGUGAAAGGCUAUUCCUCCCCAGAACCUGAUAUUCAGGACUCCUCUGGAAGUGAAACUCAAUCAUUGAAACCAAGUACAAGAAGAAAGAAAGGGAUAGAACUGGGAGAUAUUCAAAGUUCCAUCGAAUCUAUAAAACAGACACAGGAAGAAAUUAAAAGAAAUAUUAUGACUCUUCGAAAUCAUUUCGUUUCAAGCACACCUGCUACAGAUUAUUUUCUGCAACAAAAAGACUACUUCAUCAUUUUCCUACUGAUUUUGCUUCAAGUAAUAAUAAACUUCAUGUUUAAAUAGAAGUUCUUUACAAUUGAAUCAAUGAACUGGAAUGAUCAGAUUUGGCCUGGGACCAAUGUUCAAGUUUGGUUUGGUCUUUAUUAAAACAUCACAACAUUUCUAAAACAAAAAACCUUAGAGUUCAAUGUAGAGGUAUUGACCUUUUAUCCUUAACCUGAAACAAGAGCUAUCAUACUUGGUUACUAAAUUGAGCUGUAUGUUAAGUGCCAGAACAUUUCUUGCUUUUGUGAGUGUGUCUACAUGUGAAUGUAAUAAAUCCACAUGUAUACACAGUUGUCUCUUAUGUACUCUUAUCUGGCAGUAGUCUUUGUAUUCUAUAGUACAUUCUGAGAUAUAUCGUUCACAUUGCUCAUACAAAGAUGCUAUCAAUCUUAUAAAUAAAUACAUGUAAUCUAUUUUCUUCAUAAAACAGGCACAGAACUUUUAAUAAAGAAUUACAGAAUGAGUAGUAGACAUAAAUAAUUCAGUAUGCUGUACUGUUUUUUAAAAAAUCAUUUUCAAAGCAUCCAGAUAAAUUGCCUAAAGACAGUGAGAAAAGAGUGUGACUGGUCAAAAUUGAUCUAUCGAGAAAGAUAGAUGGCUAAAUGUUUUUGAAAAAGUUUACACAGAUUUUUUUUAAUCUCUAGAAUUUAAUAUUUAUACAUACAGAUCAAUGUUGGUAUGUGUAUAUCAAUGUAAAAAACUGGUAUGAAGCUACAUUGUUCUUUCUUAUCAUACUUAUAUGAUACCAUCUUAAAAACUUGCUAAAGAAAAGUAUGAAUGGUCAAAGUAGAUUACUGGUCUCUUUUCUUAAGUCAUCUGGUCUAUAACAUAGGUCAUAUUCUAGAGUAAGGCAUAGAAAAUGCUUAUAAUUCAUAUUUUCUCAUUAACUGCUUAUUUUCUCUCAUUUGAAUGUCAGUGUGUCAGUGGAUAAGUAGAAUAGAAAAAAUCGUAGCCAAUUUUUGUACUUCAAAAGCCAAAAAGAGAAAGGCGAUAAGAAAAGACAGUUAUUCCAUGUGGUAGCAUUUAUUUAUACAAUAUAAUUGGUUUCUUAAUAUGUGCAAUAAGUUGAGCAUCUAAAAGAGUGUCGUGGUCAUAAGUUUACUUCUUCCUUAUCCCACUGUGUUCAUUAAGUUCAUUCUGUGACAAAACCACAGUGUUUCCUGAUUCCUUUUGUUUAGGCACAGGCGACCUUUUUUCUAAAGAUUAUUUUGGGUUUUAUUCUGUUUUUCAGAUUGAUAUUUUGACUUUUUGUUUUUUACAUAAAUUUUUAUAAUCUUAAGAAGCAAUUUUUGCAAAUAUAGUUAAUUAGGAAGAUAAACUAUCUUAUAAUACUGAAAGUAUUUGUUUUAAAAUGGCUAUUAAUAAAAAUUAAAGUCAAAUAAAGAAUAAUGACUCUGGCCACAUUUGCCUU